AUGAUGCUAAUUUUGGAUGAAGCAACAAGUGCUUUGGACGCCUCCAGUGAGGAUUUGGUUCGAGGUGCUAUUCUUCAGUUAAUCCAAAAUACUCGGAAGACUGUGCUUAUAAUUGCUCAUCGGUGCAUGUUUAUCCACUGUUAUUUUGCUACGCUUCAUUUUUGA